AUGCACCUACGCGAUCACACUGUUAGAGACCUUCGUCACUUGAUCCGCCAGUACUCAGUACAGCGACGAUCACCCUCUGGUUUUAAAAGCAAUUUGAGUACUUCUGUGUUAAUGGAGUCGCCUAUGAGUGCGGUACCGUCAUCAAAUGAUGUCAAUAAAAUUCAACAAGAGGUGUGGAAACGUGAUCCUAAGUACUUUCAAAAGGCUAGCAUAUCUAACCUAGCGUGCAUGAAGCUACUGCGACAUGCUUUUGAAGGUGGGGACAUUGAAGUACUAGGGAUGCUACUUGGGCACAUUCAGGACAACACUAUCAUAGUGCUUGACUCCUACGCCCUUCCUGUUGAAGGGACUGAAACACGAGUGAAUGCUCAUAUGGAGUCAUAUGAGUACAUUGUGCAGUAUCUCGAUAGUAUGGUUAAGGACAAAUUGACAAUUAUCGGUUGGUAUCAUUCUCAUCCAGGUUACGGUUGCUGGUUAAGCAGUAUAGAUACAGAGACGCAGGCCUUGAACCAGAAUUUCCAAGAUCCUUACUUGGCUAUUGUUGUUGACCCCAAAAAGACUCAAGAAACAGGUAAACUUGAUAUCGGGGCUUUUAGAACACUUCCCGACCUAUAUGCUGCUAGUUCUUCCGUUUCUUUAGCCAGUCGUUCUUCUGCGCCAAGAUAUUACGAGCUACAAAUUAGCUAUUUCGAGGCAUUAUAUGAUAGCAACCUUUAUCGUUCGAAAUUAGUGAUGAAUGCACCUGUUAAGGAUAGCGCCCGCGAAAAGGCGUUGGUUACACAGUUGAUAGAAUCGGCCAGGACCUAUAGGAAUGUUAAGAAACUUCAAGCUGUAAGUUACGCUUUCCUACCGAAGCACGAGGAGUCCUUUGAUUUUAGCAUUCAAGGCAGUGAGCGCAGUGCGACACAGGAGAACCAGUCAAGCUCUACUUCUUCGACUGAUGAGGAGGGCAAGGUGGGUACUACAGCCAGCUAUGAUGAAAUGGAGGGCACAGAGCGUUUUCGUAAUGACAACCAUAUCAACAACGACAGCCAUUCUGUAGACAUUGCAAUGGACGCGUCUAGUGUGUCGAGUAACGAAGAACAACCCCAGAUGGAAUAUCAAGAACAGUCUGGGCAUCAACUAAAGGUCAUUGAAAGUGAGUACUUCGAAUUGAAAAGGGAAUUGAGGCUGUUAAAGAUACAAGAGUAUGAGAAUGCUAGGUUUUAUAGAGACGUGUUCAGCUUAUAG